AGAAGAAGCAAGACAGAGGAAUCAGAACCCGGAACAUGACCUCGGUUUGCAUAUCCAAAUGUGUGGACGACGCACGUGACCCACGCGUUCCGGUUCGGGCCACUUACAUGAAUCUUUACAAGUGGCCCGAAUCGGACGCGGAGUUUGUGAGGUCGGUGACCUCCACCACCGGGAGAAGGGUCCACCAGGGCCAUGCCAGGGUGGUGGACAGCAUCUCGUGCAGGCAAAUGUACCUGAGAAGCUACAAAUUUUCCAGGAAAGAGACCAUGCCGGAGAAAACGCAGAAGUGCUUUGGGAGGGUGAAGGAGAAAGUGGCGGCGCAGGGAACUAGAAGGGCUCAUCAUCACGGUGGUAGGAGGAGAAAGAAGUGUUUGGUUUGGAGGAAAAUGAAAGAAAUCUCAUGUGCUGCUUUGGUUAGGAUUUUCCACAGGUUCUUGUCUUGCGGCGCUAGUGUAGAUGUUGUGAAUCAAAAACAUUGAGCUUCUUUUAAUUGUUAAUGUUAGAUAAUGUUAGAUUAUAGACUGUGAAAUUCUUUUUGUUUCUUCUAUUUAGAUAUAGA